CUGAAUGCUACUUCUUUAAAUAUCUUUGUAGCAUUUGAAAGAGGAGGUUGCUACUAUGAGUAGGAAGCUGGAGCUUCUUGAAAACUCUAAAAGAAGGAUUUUAGGAGAAGAUUUAGAUACUUGUUCCAUUGAUGAACUUGAAAAGGUAGAAGAACAGUUAGACCGAAGUUUAAGAAACAUUAGGGCAAGAAAGAACCAGCUAUUGAGGGAACAGAUUGCUCUUCUAAAUGACGAGAAUUUCCUUAUUCUCUUGUCCCAGGAAAAAGUCCUAAUGGAGAAAAAUGCAGAAUUGCGGAAAAAGUAUGAGGUCCGACCGCUGCCUUUAUUUAUUGAUCGACAAGAAGAGGAACAUCUUCAGAGACAGACAAUGGAUGUCGAGACACAUCUAUUUAUUGGACCUCCAGAAAGACGAAGUUCCCACUAAUUUAAUUACCAAUUCUCUGCUAAGAAAGUUCCAUAGCUUCGACCAUUUGCAACUGUAAUUUUAUUGAGUUGAUGAAUAAAGCAAAAAAAGAAAAAAGAAGAAACAAAGAACCAAAUUGGCAUAGGUUUUUUCCCCUAUUUUUCAGGAGUACUUAUAAUCUAAAUGGAGUGUUAAAAACAAUUUCGUGUGUUACAUUGUAAGGUGUUGGAUGUAUAUUGGUUGUUGCACUUGUAUAGUAUCAUUUUCUGUGUUAAAAUACUCCAUAUAUCAAUAUUCAAUAUGUGGUCAUUUUGAAAA